GCCUGGAUGGGGCUGGGAAGACGAGCAUUCUCCACUCCCUGGCAACUAACCACGUCAAGCGCAGCAUGGCUCCCACCGAGGGCUUCAAUGCCAUCUGCAUCAACACCGAAGAGUCCCAGAUGGAGUUUCUGGAGAGUUGGUAGUGCCUGAGAUGUGAUGGCUGCGAUCUGACCCAUGGGAAAUGCAAUGUCUCAGGCCAGUUUCAGCCAGGUGGUAGGAGCUCCUGCCUUCUCCUGAGUUCCUACAAGUUUGGGGGAAAAAAAUGUUCUCUGUGAGAUUGCUGACCCCUGGGUUAUGCUGUGCAUGAAUACACUUAAAAAAGGGAGCAGUGCUGAGCCUCUGCAGUAUCACAGUACAGAAUCGGGCUUCUGUCCCAAACAUUACAUGUCAGUCACAGCCCUCUGCCUCCUUUCCACAGUGGCAGACUUGCAGUUCUGCUUCCAGGUACGUUGGGCCACUUGAAGAGGCAGGCAUGCUCUAGAGGGAAAUGUUACUUCCCUUUCCAUAUUCUUGAAACUACUGAACUCUUUUGACUUAAGUGAACGCAAAAUUGUUUUGACACAGAACAGUCAAAGAGGGCAAUAAAAGAUGGCUGUAUAGUCAGACAAUUUUGAAAAGAGCUGCUGUGAUAGGGAACCCCAGAUAUUAUUGCUUUGUAAACUUGCUGCUUUUGAGAGACUCACACAUGCCUUUUGAGCACCUCAGUACUCUUUGAGUGAGUGGUCCUGCAAUGUGCCUGAAGACCACCUAGAGACCUGAAAACAAAUCUGAAAUACUUAAUAUACUGAUAGUUAUUCCUUCUAUUAAACUCAACAACCUACUGAAUUCUUUGUCCCCAGAUGGGAGCAACAAUCUCAAACACCUUGCUGCCUACAGUUUCACCAGAGAAUUAUUUUAAGACCUAGUUUUGAAGGUGAACUGCUUUCCUCUGUAUCCAGCAGAGAAGAGCUCAUGGAGAAAUGGAUGUUGUGUGAAGAUACUUCAGAGGGCUGCCUGAAGAGUCUGCUGGGACUAGAUUUUUUGUCUCUUCCUUAAGUACCUUUGGUCAUUGACAAAACUGUGGGAGUUUUGAGCUAGUUCUUAGUGUUACACAAAUACAAUGAGAGCCCUCCACACCUCAGAGCUAAAUUUCUCCUCUGGAAAUUGUACACCUGCUUUGUCCUAAAACGAGAUGGGCACUGGGAGAUAGUCUGUAUGGGGACAUUUGGUGUUUGUGGACACUGAACUGUUUUCUACUCUCUUACUUGCUUGAGAUCAAGAACCAACAAGGCAGAAAACAGCUGUAAAGAAACUGAACCCAGAAUCCUCUCAAAAUAAGAGCUUAAAAUGGGAAGAUUUUUUUUCCCCCAGAGCAUACACAUAUGCCUUCAUGGGACCUGACUGGGGAAAAUAAAGCUGUUUUCAGUCUCAUGUACAGUAGCUCAAAUACUCUGAGGUUUUGGUAAUCUAAAUACCUUGGGUUUUCAGCCCAGGGCCUGCUCUCUGCACCUCUGAGAGCAGUGCUGUUGAAUUACUUGGUGAAUCCUGUGCUGCUGUCUUCUCUUCCAGUCGGGGGCAGUGAAUCUCUGCGCUCAUACUGGAACAUGUACUUGCCCAAAGUGCUGUUGCUGGUCUAUGUCGUGGACUCGGCUGAUCAUGCCCGACUGCCUGUGGCGAAACAGCUGCUUCAUCAGCUCAUCCAGAACAACUCCACCCUGCCUGUGGUAGUUCUGGCCAACAAGCAGGAUCUCGAAGGUGCAUAUUGCAUCACUGAUAUUCACGAUGCUCUGGCUCUGUCUGAUAUUGGGGACGAGAGGAAGAUGUUCUUGAUUGGUACCCAUGUGGCAGAAGAUGGCUCUGAGAUCUCCUCCAGCAUGCAGGAUGCCAAGGAGCUGAUAGGGCAGCUGGUUUUGGAAACACAGUGACGACUCUUUUCUUAAAAUAAACAGGUGUUUGCAGCUGAGGGAGAGCACAUGUUAGUAUAUGGUCAGUUUGCAGUGUGGCAGCUGAAAUUAGCAGAUAUGCUUUCCUGGUGGGUGUGGAAUUCCUCUAAAAGUGGUAUCUAGUUGGUAAGAAAAUUUAUAGUGGUUUGAAAAGUAGUCUAUUUUUAGCAUUUUUGUAGGAGAAAAAUAGUCUGUCUCUUAGGCAGCAGAUUUAAGGGAAAAUAUAGCUUAGAUGGGCUAGAUAACUUCACGUCAGGUGGGAAUCAAGCACUGAUUUCCGUGGAAAAAAGUUGCAUCCAGUGAAUUUAACAUGGCUUGAUGUCUCAGGUUAAAGUGAAAUAUGUUUACUUCACAGGUUUUACAGAACACUUUUAACAGUGGUGUUCUGUUAAAAGUGAGACCUCACUUCUUGACAGUGUCAGAAAUUUAAAGUGCUGCAACUAGUGUUUUUGACAGUGACAGUUCUUGUUGUGUUCGACCCAGUUGUUAUGGGAGUAGCAAAUUGAUAAUCUCUGGAAAUUGGGUUGGUUACUGCUUCUUUAGUGGGUAAGAACAAGAAAAUGAAAGCAGUAAUAUAUUGUUUCUUUGCCUACAGGCAAAAAACCAAAAUGGUGUAAUUUGAGGUAGUGACUGGAUGCUUUUAAGUUAAAUUGGCAGCAAAGGUGGGAGACUUGUCCAUCAGGUUGAGCAGCUUAUUUAAGCUUAGUCCAAGAUGUCCUCGAGCAAGUAGUCUUAUUUGUGAAAACCCUGUUGUUUCUUGACGGUGGUUUCUGUUAGCACAGCAGGUGAGGGAGGUGACAAGCUGCUCAGGAGUGUCACUUUCCCAGUGUCCUCCUAAUUAUACUCAAAGGACAUGACCCAGGAGCAGUCCUGUAAAGCACCUGUUUUGCACACGCAUCUAUUGUACGAGGCUUUUACGGUUUUGUCCUUUGUAACAGAUGCAUAAAGCAGAAAAUUCCACCCUAACAUAAAGCAGAAAA